GCCGCGAACUCCCGCUUUAGGUUAGGAACCGAGAUCUGGAUCAGCGGCGGGGCGAUUUUGGACGGGGGCGGCGCGAAGGCCGUCGAGGGAUGAAUGACAUUCACGACGCCCACCAUCUCGCUGAGAGGGAGACAGACAUCCUAGUUGGCCUUGGACACGGGGACGGUGAGGGUGAUCCACUCUCCAUAGGGCGAAAUCUUGGUCAUGUUUAGCCCAUGGGCGGACGCGAAGGUGUCGAAAGCCGUCAAGGUCGCAGACAAAGGCGCCAUGUAAGACUUGACCUGCAUGCACCGAUCAAAACAGCAUGCAUUGCCAAAAUACACGGAACGAACCUCCUCAUUAGAAAGCCACUGUCGGAAGUUUGCGCUUCCAGGUGUCGAGACGUCCACCAGCUUGGCCUGCAGUCCCCUGACGUC